UCUCCUCCUCCCCUGCACCCGUCCCUCUCACCUUAUACUAUGCCCGCAAGGGUCCGCCACAAGGCUCGCAGGGCCAUGAGUGGCACAGAGUGGGAACACCUACUGCAGCGAUCGCAUGUACAUCACUCGGAACAGGAUGAUGUACAGAGUCUGGACUAUGAAGUUAACGAGAACAUGGUGUGGCGGGCUCAUGUGGCGUCCAAGUCGAACUGGGCGUACUCGCGCGAGCGUGGGCUCAAGUGGGUGGUGGCGCUCCUGGUAGGCAUGGCCACGGCGCUGGUGGCCUACACCAUCGACAUGUUCAUCCGUGGAGUGGCCGGCGCCAAGUUUACUCUCAUCUCGCGGCUCAUUGUCGACUGCGACAACUGCUUCUGGUCGCCGUUCCUCUCGUACAUCGCCGUCAACGUGCUCCUGGUCUCGGUUGCUGCCUUUGCCGUCGCCUUUAUCGAGCCAGUAGCCGCCGGGUCGGGCAUUCCUGAGAUUAAGUGCUACCUCAACGGGUACAAGAUCCCGCACGUUGUCCGUCUCUCCACCCUGCUGUGCAAGGCCGGCGGCGUGAUGUUUUCGGUCGCCGGUGGCCUCGCAGUCGGCCGCGAGGGGCCGAUGAUCCACUCGGGCGCCGUCCUUGCCGCCGGCAUUUCGCAGGGCAAGGCCACGUCGCUCCCGCUCGACUCUGGCCUAUUCAAGACCUUCCGCAACGACCACAUGAAGCGUGACUUUGUGGCAUCAGGGGCAGCCGCAGGCGUCUCGGCCGCCUUCGGCUCGCCCAUCGGCGGCGUCCUGUUCUCGCUCGAAGAAGGCGCCUCGCACUGGAAUCAGGCCCUGACGUGGCGGACCUUUUUCUGCACCAUGAUCUCGUCGUUCACGCUCAAUCUUUUGCUCUCCGGCACCUCGCCGGGCGUCAAGUGGGGCUACCUCAACCAGCCCGGCCUGGUCGACUUUGGCGAGUUUGUGGCCCAGUCGUACACCGUGGUCGAGAUCCCGUUCUUUGUCAUCAUCGGCGUGGUCGGCGGCCUCUCUGGCGCGGCCUUUAACGCCAUCAACACCAAGCUCACACUCUUCCGCAUGCGCUUUAUCCCGGUCUCCAAGCCGUGGGCCCGCUUCGCAGAGGCCCUCUUCAUCGCCGCCCUCUCGGCCACCGUCUCGUUCCUCUUUGCCUUCUUUAUCUUUGAGUGCCGGCCCGAGCCCACCACCGUUUACGAGGGCAUCACCCUUCGCCGCUUCACCUGUCCCGAGGGCGAGUACAACGACAUGGCCACCAUUUUCUUCACCACCCAGGAAGAGGCCAUCCGCCAGCUCUUCCACAACCGCGACGCUUUCUCCUACCCGACCCUCGCCUUUUUCAUGUUUGCCUACUUUGGCCUUGCCGUCGUCACCUACGGCGCCUCGGUCCCGUCCGGCCUCUUUGUUCCCUGCAUUCUCACCGGCUGCGCCUUUGGCCGCCUCGCCGGCCAUGCGCUGGAGCACCUCUUCCCGUCGAUCGUCCAUGACCCGGGGACCUAUGCCCUCGUCGGCGCUGCCGCCUUUUUGGGCGGCGUCGUCCGCAUGACCAUCUCACUAACAGUUAUCAUUCUCGAGUCGACCAACGACAUCUCCUACGGCCUCCCGGUCAUGCUCACCAUCAUGGUCUCUAAGAUUGUCGGCGACUUGUUCAACGAGGGCCUCUACGACAUCCACAUCGACAUCAAGCACAUCCCGUUCCUCGGCUGGGAACCCGAGCGCUUGAUGGAGAACCUCACCGCUGCAGACAUCAUGUCCACUCCCGUCAACGUCCUGCCCUACUUUGUCCGCGUCCGCGACGUCGUCGUCCUCCUCGAGUCCAACACCCAUGGCGCCUUUCCGCUCUGCGGCAUCGACGAGAACGGACUCCCUUCCGACCAGUUUGUCGGCAUCAUCCUCCGCCACGAAAUCAUCACCCUGCUCAAGCGCCGCGCCUUUGUCGACUACGCCAACGCUGUGCGCUCCCACGUCGACUGGCUCGACUUUGUCGACGACUAUCCGCGCUACCCGGACAUUGUCGACAUCCGCGCAGACAUAUUUGACGAGGACAUGGACAAGUUCAUGAACCUCUCACCGUACAUGAACCCGGCGCCUAUCACCACCCAGCCUGUCGCGGCGGCCACCGCCGUCUUCCGCCUCUUCCGCGGCCUCGGCCUCCGCCACAUGGUUGUCGUCGACCGCAUGCGUCGCAUCAUGGGCAUUGUCACCCGCCACGACCUCGUCCACCUCGAGGACAAGUUCCACCGCGACGGCUCGCCGCGCGACGUUCCCUGGCACAACCCGCACUACCAGUUCGGCCGCGACACGCCGCGCUCGCACGAGGCCUCCAUCGCCCACCUCUACGGGUCCACUGACAGCAAGGACACGUCGAGUAUUACCUCCCUCCCGCGCUCUUCGGCAACACCCGUCCAGUCAGUAGCAGAGCUCCUCGCCUCUAUCCCGGGCUCGAACGUCGAUCCGCAGGCCUCGCCUACCCUCCAACGUUCCGGAAUUCAAUAGUAGCACACCUCGCCUGGCUCAGUACAAGCCAAACGCGCAUCCGUCGGCGCGCGGGUCUGACCCGCCGUACAUCAUCCUCCCGCUCUUUUCGCGGACAAUGAUCUGCCCGCGGCCAAAGACAGACCGCGCCAGUCCGGCUGUGGGCACCACCUUGUGACCAAACUCGUCGGCCAGCGCACCUACCACCCCCUCGGCCACCCCGUCUUCCACAAACACCUUGCUCUGCUGGGCCUGGCCCGCCGCCCGUGGCACCACAAGCUCGACGGCAUCAAUGCAGAACCGAGGCGCGUCGAGUGCGGCCUGCGGGUCCAUGCCGAACAACGCCAUGUUGAACAGGACUUGGACGUGACCCUGUGGCUGCAUAAACCCGCCCAUGACGCCCA